AUGGAGCUGCUCUACCCCAAGAACAUCGAGAUCAACAACAUCACCUGCGACUCCUUCCGCAUCUCCUGGGCCAUGGAGAAGGGGGACCUGGAGAGGGUCACUCACUACUUCAUCGACCUCAACAAGAAGGAGAACAAGAAUUCCAACAAGUUCAAGCACCGGGAUGUCCCCACCAAGCUGGUGGCCAAGGCGGUGCCGCUGCCCAUGACGGUGCGGGGGCACUGGUUCCUGAGCCCCCGCACCGAGUACAGCGUGGCCGUGCAAACGGCCGUCAAACAGAGCGACGGGGAGUACCUGGUGUCCGGCUGGAGCGAAACCGUGGAGUUCUGCACCGGGGACUAUGCCAAGGAGCACCUGGCCCAGCUGCAGGAGAAGGCAGAGCUGAUCGCCGGCCGCAUGCUGCGCUUCUCCGUCUUCUACCGCAACCAGCACAAGGAGUAUUUCCAGCACGUCAGGAUGCACUGCGGGAACGUGAUGAAGCCGUCGCUGAAGGACAACAGCGGGAGCCACGGCUCCCCCACCAGCGGGAUGCUGCACGGCAUCUUCUUCAGCUGCAACACCGAGUUCAACACCGGGCAGCCCCCCCAGGACUCGCCCUACGGCCGGUACCGCUUCCAAAUCCCGGCCCAGCGCCUCUUCAAUCCCAACACCAACCUCUACUUCGCGGACUUCUACUGCAUGUACACCGCCUACCACUACGUCGUGCUGGUCCUGGCGCCCAAGGGCUCCUCCGGGGAUCUCUUCUGCCGGGAGCGCCUCCCCCAGCUGGACAUUUCCUCCAACAAGUUCCUGACGUGCUGCGUGGAGGAGGGCGAGCUGGUGUACCGCCAUGCCCAGGACAGCAUCCUGGAGGUCAUAUACACCGAGCCCGUGGACCUCGCCCUGGGCGUGCUGGGGGAGAUCAGCGGCCACCAGCUCAUGAGCCUCUCCACCGCCAACGCCAAAAAGGACCCCAGCUGCAAGACGUGCAACAUCAGCGUGGGGCGUUAAAGGGGGGAGGAGGAGGAGGAGGAGGAGGAGGAGGCGG